CUACGUAGUGAAAAGAAGAGUUCUAACAAGGAGAAAAAAAAAAAAAAAAAAUACUUCUGAGAGAGAACUCCAACGGCAAUGGCGUUUUACGCGGACGAAGACGACGCCUGGAAAUGUCUAGAACACCCUUCCAAGCGCCGCUCCACCGGAAUCUGCCCAAUUUGCCUCCGCGACCGCCUCAUCUCCCUCUGUCCAGAUUGCGCUAACGCGCGCCCCUGCGCCUGCUGCGCCUCCGCCUCCUCCUCCUCCUCCUCCUCCUCUUCGUCUUCGUCUUCUUUUUCUCUCUUCUCCUCCUCUCGCAGAGUUGCCGGAGAUACUUCCUGGUCCGACCGCGUAGGCUCCUUCGGACGCGUCUCCUCCCUCAUCGAAACCGAGCCGGCUUUCCGGCGCUCCCGAUCAGUGGCGGCUCCUUUCCCUUAUCCGCGCUUGGCAGGAGAUGCCGAUUCCGGCGGCUCCAAACCGGCGUCUCCGGGAAUCCGCAGCAAAUGGACGCUCUGGUCGGUGUUCAAGACGCAGAAGAGCAAGAAACACGAGGAAUGGAGAGAAGACGAAGAAGUAGCCAAGAAGAAGGAGGUCGAGGCGGUGGAACAACAGAUGGUGAUGAUGAGAUCGAGAUCUGUAAGAGUGCCAGCGGUCUCCGACUCAGGAGUCGGAAACGCCAAGUCGUCGCCGGCGGGGAAAAGCCGGGGCUGGUACUUCCCUAGCCCGAUCAAAGUGUUUCGCCAGUCGAAGACUUCGAAAGUGGUUCAAGAACGGUCGCCUUUGCACAGAGGCUAAACAGGGAAGAAUGAGCUCAACCAUUUGACAAGUUAUUACAGCAUAACAUAAUUCCAAACGAUAACAUUGUUUUGAUAUAUUAAUUAGGCUUUAUAUAUAUAUAUAUAUAUAUAUAUGGAGUUUUGAGUAUUUGUAAUUGAAUGAAUGAAUCUGCCAGACUGCCACUGUAAAAAUUUUCCUAUUUUUGUAAAUGAAUCUGUAUGCUUUCUUUCAUUUAUAAUCAUUUCGGGGUUGAUAUAUAUAUGCAU